UUUCUUCAACUGGGUUAGGAGAAAAAAAGUGUGAGAACCGCUGAGCCUACAGGAUGUGGGAAGCUGCCCUCGGCCAUCUCCCUCUGGAGUCCUGCCCUCCCCACAGCCCAAGCGGGAGCAGAGGCGUAUCGUUCCUCCGUGCGGGCGGCUUGCUCCCCGCAGACACUUCAGGUCUUAUACGCUGGGCUGAGAUUCAGAGCCCAGGAGAGCGAAGGCCUGGCAGCGUGCCUGGAGUCAGGCAUUGUGUGCAAGUGCCCCAUUGCGGGAAUGGACCUUUUGUCUAACCUGCCCCGCCCUCUGUUUAUUCCAGACCUUUCACCUGUCAGCACCUCUCAGCCUUCAGCUGCACCACCCCUGCUAUUCCAGUGCAGAGCAGAGUGCUGAGUUGUGCCUGUCAUGAUGUGGAUAAACAUCCAGUGGGGACUAAACAAAGGCCACCGACAUUGAUUGCUUUAACCGGCCACAGACUCAGAUCAGAGCCCGGCUCUCCGAAGAUGAUAGCACGGGGAUUUACUCUGCUCAGGGCCUCUUAACCAGCAGUGCCAGAGGAGAAGGACGAGGUGACCCUAGAGGAGCAGGAUGGAAGGCCUGAGCAGCCCCAAUCCCUCCGGCUUCCCCGUCCCCAAGCACGUCCUGGACAUCUGGGUCAUCGUGCUGAUCAUCCUCGCCACCGUCCUCGUCAUGACGUCCCUGGUGCUGUGCCCGGCCACGGCUGUCAUCAUCUACAGGGUGCGGACUCACCCCAUCCGCAACGGGGCCGUGUGAGAACGGAGCCCGGGGCCUGGCUGGCUUCCCUCAGACUAUGCUGGAGAACAGACACUGGGCGACGCAGGCAACUCGGUGUUCGACAGCACCCUGGAGGGGCAAGGACCACACUGCCGACCAGGACAUGGCGGGAAGCACAGGCCGGAGGCUCCUGGGACCAGAGCUCCCUGUGCGCCACUUAAGUGCACCCAAGGGAGCUGGGUUAGUCUCAAAGCUUCGUCUGGAGCCUGGCGGGGCUACUCCGGGGCCCAGAAUGCUCCUGCCUGGGCUUCACCUCGUGCGCACCGAUCAAAACGGCCCCCUCGGAUUUACCCGCUGAGCUACUCGGAAACGGCAGGGCCAGGCGCCACAAGAGACACGUUCACACACUGAGAGGUGGCCGCUUGGAACGUUUCACGCUGUGCCGCCCUCCCUCGCCACGAGGGCCGGCUGGUGACCGCCUCAUAGCUGGGGUCUCCUGCCUGCCGGCCCGCCCUCACCCUGGAUGAGGCUGGCACUGGGGACGACCAAGGAAGCGGGGUUCAGUGAAAGUAAUGUAUGUGACGGGGGAGGGAGGGGAUCGGCGUCUGGCUUUGCAAGGCCUUGGGGCCGUAGCAGCAUCCUUAGCACAGUGAAAGGGCCCGUGGGGUAACUAACGGAAAUGCACGAGGUGUCGGGUUCAGACGGGGGCCUUUGGCUAACAACUCUUGGGAGAGACGUGGCC